AUGGGCGGUUGUCCUCCUUGCGGCAACUCUGUUCGCUCCGUCAAGGAUUACCGUCGGCAAGUUGCGACUUCGCAGAGAUGGCCGACUAGGCCGCCAAAUCACCCUCCGAUAACCUUUUCACCGGAUGACGCUGAAGGGAUUCACGUACCCCACAAUGAUCCUCUUCUUGUAGUUCUUGGAAUUGGGGAGUACGACGUCACCAAGGUCCUCAUCGAUACAGGAAGUUCCGUCGACCUCAUUUUCCGAGGAACCCUGCAGAAGAUGGGAGUCAAUCUCGACGACAUCAAACCAUCCUCCAGAACAUUAACCGCCUUCAACGGAUCCUCCGAAACAAUACUGGGAACAAUCUGCCUUCCGGCACGCACAUGUGGAGUCACUCGGACUGUCAAGCCAUUCCAUCUACUUAUCACCAGUGCGUCAAGUUCCCCGGUACGGACGGCAAACAAAACACUGCAAGGAGAUCAAAAGGCCGCUAGGGAACUCCUAGUCGCCACAGUUAAACUCCAACGAUCGUCUUUAUCGGUUAACUCUGUCACUCCUCCAACCUAUAAAGUCUGCUCCCAGGAAGGCGAAAUUCUCGAGUUACCUAUUGACGAUGCCGAUCCAAGCCGGACCGCAAGGGUUGGUGCGUACCUGUCUGAAGAAAUGCAGCGGUCAGUUCUCGACUUUCUCAAGGCAAAUGUGUCCACAUUCGCGUGGUCCAUGUCAGACAUGAAAGGAAUUGAUCCGGCCAUAACAGCUCACGAACUAAACGUCGAUCCGACAGUCAAGCCUAUCCGCCAGAAGCGACGCAAGCUCGGUCCAGAUAGGUCAAAGGCUGUAAACGAAGAGGUCGACCGGUUGCUCGGCGCCGGUUCAAUUGCUGAGGUGCGCUACCCUGAGUGGUUAGUAAAUCCAGUAGUCGUCAAAAAGAAGAACGGGAAGUGGCGCGUCUGCGUCGACUUCACAGACUUGAAUAAAGCCUGCCCAAAGGACAGCUAUCCUCUUCCCAACAUCGACCGUUUAGUCGAGUCCACGGCUGGAAACAAGAUGCUCACCUUCAUGGACGCUUUCUCUGGGUACAACCAAAUCAUGAUGCACCCCGACGAUCGCGAAAAAACGACAUUUAUCACGGAUAGAGGAACCUACUGCUAUAAGGUCAUGCCAUUCGGUUUGAAGAACGCGGGAGCAACCUACCAACGGCUUGUGAACAAAAUGUUCGCAGACAAGCUGGGCGUCACCAUGGAAGUAUACAUCGACGAUAUGAUUGUCAAGUCGCUACACGCUGCUGAUCACCUCUGUCACUUGAGAGAUUGGUUCGAAACUCUCAACAAAUACGGCAUGAAACUGAACCCAGCAAAGUGCACGUUUGGGGUUUCCUCAGGCGAGUUCCUUGGAUACAUAGUCACGCAGCGGGGAAUCGAAGCCAACCCGAAGCAGAUCUCCGCGGUCCUGAACCUUUCGAGCCCAAAAAACAGUAGAGAAGUGCAACGGCUUACGAGUAGGAUAGCUGCACUCAACCGGUUCAUCUCCAGAUCCACCGACAAAUGCUUGCCAUUCUACGACCUCCUCCGAGUAUCACAAGCGGCAGGCUGUACCGUUCUAAUAAAACAGGAUCGCGGUGAGCAAAAGCCAAUCUUCUACACGAGUAGGCGCAUGACCGGACCAGAAACGCGAUACCCAACUCUGGAGAAGAUGGCACUGGCAGUCGUCGAAGCGGCGAGAAAGCUUCUCCCCUACUUUCAGUCACAUUCGGUUGAAGUAUUAACCGAUCAGCCCCUCCGAACGAUACUUCAAAAUACAAACAGGUCCGGAAGACUAACGAAGUGGGCUAUCGAACUCGGUGAGCUUGAUAUCACUUACAAGAACAAAACUGCAGCAAAAUCUCAGGUCCUCGCAGACUUCUUAAUCGAAUUGGCCUCGGAGUUAGAGCAAGAUCUCACGCUCCCAAACCCAAACUGGACACUGCAUGUCGACGGAUCUUCGACUAACAGGGGCGCAGCCUCGAACAACGAAGCUGAAUACGAAUCUUUGAUCGCUGGACUCCGCUUAGCAAAAGAUGUCAAGGCCAAACGUUUAAGCGCCUACUGUGACUCGCAGUUAGUCGCCAGUCAGUUUAGCAGCGACUACGACGCCCGCAACGAUCGGAUGGAUGCCUACCUCAAGAUAGUACAUGGAUUAGCCGCAGAGUUCGAAUUCUUCGAACUCGUCAAAGUUCCCAGAGGAGAAAACGUCUGCGCCGACGCCCUUGCAGCCCUUGGAAGCAAGCUUCAUGACCAAGUUAAACGAACUAUUUCAAUACACCGCAUUGAGAAGCCAAGCAUCGAUAUCUCGACGGACCAAACCGCCAUCAUAGCCCCAGUCACCAAAACCGACACUCUCGUUACUGAUGAGUUCGGCCCCGACUGGCGAACUGAGUUUAUCGACUACCUCUCAAAGGGGGAACUUCCAACCGAGAAAUGGGCAGCCCGCCGACUAAAAAUGCGCAGUACCCAUUAUGUCGUCCUAGACAACGAACUCCAUCGAUGGACUGCGAGUAAAGUACUACUCAAAUGUAUCCACGGCAAAUAA